GGAGGACACGUAUCCCAUACAAGCUGACGAAGAUACUUUAAAUUUAAACUUGGAUGAUGAAGUUAGUAAAAUGUUAGAAUCAUUCGAAUCGGGUAUGCAGCGUGCAUUAAACGCGAAGAGAAAACGCCUACAAGAAUUUGCAUCAGGACCAAUAAAAGUCAUCCAAAACAAAAUUACACAGCUUUGGACAGCACAGCGUGAGAAACGGAAGAUCGACUUAAAUGAUUUUCAGGAAAACGUCAAGAAAGUUCGCCAGAAGUGGGAAUCAAAUCUUGACAAUUUUAAAGAAGAAGAAAAGAAAUUAUUUACAUUACUUCACAGACACAUGAAGGCAGCUAAAGAAAAAUAUGAUACUAUGAAAGAAAAUAUUGAAAUGUUGAAACAGUUGCAUGAAGACUUUUUCAAGGAUGGACGUUGGUCAUGGAAGGACAGGGGCUGCAUCAGACGAGCGACGUUGACAAGUGUUUGCCACUCAUACCAUAGAACCUGUAUGGAAAGUACAAGGAGUAAUUAUGUGUUAUUCCUUGGUGAUGGAAUAAUUGUAAUUGUUAUAGACAGUUGAAACAUGUUUUGUCUAGAGACUCUUACUUAAUCUUGGUGUUAGACUUGCUAGAAGCAAGACUUGUCUUUGAAUCUCAGGUGGUUAUUAAAUCCACGACAUUGUAAUUAUAUUUAAUA